AUGACGCAUAUUAAACAUGGAAUUGAUUUGAUGAAUGCGUCGCAACAUGUUUCGAGGAUAGGUGCUAUCUUCCGGUACAUGAGUCUUACGCCUAUUUUUACCAUUCAAUCCAUAUGGACCCUCCCUGUUCUCACAAAUUGUCGGCCUUACCGGACACCACAGAAAUUGAACUCGUUUAUCGAGGUUCAGAGUUCAAUAAACUCUAUUCAAUAUGAUGCCGCUCAGCUGGCUCGCAUGAAAGAGCAAUGCCGCGCCUCUCAGCUUGAAUCUCCUGAUUAUUCGAGGAAUAUUGUUGUCCAAGAGCAACAGCGGCUAAAUACGGAAGUCGAGUCCUUGCGAAUCAAAUUUGCGGAUUUCAGGGCAAGACUCCCCAUUGACCCCAAAUUUGAAAACAUAUCUUGCAUUCUGCAACUCAGAUGGAUCAUGUUGAAGAUCUGGGUCAUUUGCCUCGGAGAGGCCGAUGAAGUCUACGAUACCUGCAUGGAAGAUUUUGAGAAAAUCAUCGAUUACGCGCGGAAAUCGCAGCUUCUUUCCUCGGCCCCAGGUUUUAUGCUAGAAGUCGGACUUCUUCCAUAUCUUUACUUCGUCAUUGCAAAAUGCCGGAGCCUACAGCUUCGACUGAGAGCAUUGUCUUUGAUCCAAAAAGGAUAUACCCACAAUGUUGAUAUAUUCUGGGAUCCAAGUAUUAUUUACGCGAUGAGCAAGAAGAUCCUGAGAGCAGAGCAUGGUCUUGAAAUUAAAGACGAACAUACUACUGUACUCGAGGCACUCCGAGACUCUCCCUUCUUUGCAGGAGAUGCUCGGCUUUAUGGCGACUUUGAGGCCUGGGAGGCUGAUACGAGAAUUAAUCUGCCAUCACCAAAGGGGAAGGGAGCUAGAACAGGCCAUAUUCCCGCGUCAGAAGUUUUGGGUGUUCCUGAGUGGAAAAGGACACAACUUGAAGUCGUUUCCUAG